UGCCUGGCUGUUGGACGGACUGGGGCAGAUCCAAGCCGACCAGUUCCGUGUUCUCUCCUCACCCAGUACGCGGGCCAGACUGAACGGGAGGACCUGGCGGUGUCAUGGUGGACAUUCCAGCCCAGCCGCGGCAUCCAUAACUCCGGGGGCAGAGGGAAAGUGUGGACGGAGGUAACUUCAGUUUGAGUUUAAAAGGUCAUCAGACAAUCCCACGUCACCGCGAGACACCAGAAGAAUGAAGAUGUCAACAGCAGCAGCGUAAUGAAUGAACAGAGCGGGAUGAGGCCGACUACGCGGAAGUAUUUGGCCUCACUGUCGGCGGCCGACCUUUGGCCCCUCAUGGAUUAAAAAUGGCAUUUUGGCUGAGACGGGCAGGGAAGCAACGCAUCGUACUCCCCAGGAAUUCUUUGGAUUUAACAAACGUGUUGGAUUGAAACAGGACGGCAAAGACCGGACAAGCCUGGUGGUGUUUUUAUUCCAAUGGGACUAACAUGGUUCAGUUAGGAUGGAAUAAAAUAUGAGAGGAAGAUGUUCCUGAAGAAAAAACUGACGACAAAAUAGAAUUGGAGUCAAGGAUGGAGCAGGAUUUUACACAGUAGGAUCUCUUAUCUCGCUCAGAAAUCGUGGAUGGUGAACACUUGUUUGCACUAGCCUGGACUAGCCUGAAGAUUUCAACCCUUUACACCCAGUUCAAAAAUUCUAACUAAACUCCCGCAGGCCUGUAACUGUAACCUUUUCCCUCCCUCUCUGUCCUGAAUGGACGUCUGACUCUUCUAAAGCCAGAAGGUGACGCCUCCCUUCAGCUUCAAACUCUAACUCUGACUCCAGGUCAGCAUCUUGCUGCAGCACUGCUAAAAAAAAAACCCCUCCAAACAUGGCUGCUACAGGAAGGAAGCACUUGGUGAGAGACUUUAACCAUUUCAUCACCUGUUACCUGUGUCGAGGUUACCUGAUUAAACCGACCACGGUCACCGAGUGCCUGCACACCUUCUGUAAGAGCUGCAUUGUGCAGCACUUCGAGGAGAGUAAUGACUGUCCUAAAUGUGGCAUUCAGGUGCACGAGACCAACCCGCUGGAGAUGCUCAGGUUGGACAACACCCUGGAGGAGAUCAUUUUCAAGCUGGUGCCCGGACUCAGAGAAAAAGAGGAGCAGCAGGAACUCGAAUUCUGGAAGAAGAACCAGCCCAAAGCAAACGGCCAAGCAGAAAACUUGAGGUUUCAGAGGCUCGGGCUGCCCGACGUUGGGGGAGACGAUCGCGAUGAUGGAGGCGAUGAUGAUGACGAUGCUGGCGAUGAAGACUACCACAGGAGUGACCCUCAGAUAGCCAUCUGUUUGGACUGCCUACGCAACACGGGACAGGCGGGGGAGAGCACUGUGACGGAUUUGAUGAAGAGGUUCAUCCGCUGCUCCAGUCGAGUCACCGUGGGAACAAUUAAGAAGUUUCUCAGUCUUAAACUAAAGCUGCCGAGCUCUUACGAGCUGGAUGUGCUGUGCAAUGGGGAGAUCAUGGGCAGAGAUCACACGUUGGAGUUCAUCUACAUGACCCGAUGGAGGCUACAUGGAGAGAACACGUAUCCCAUGGUGCUUGAGUACCGGCCACGUAUCGACUUUGGCUGAACCACGGCUGCAAGAAGAGGACCACACACACACACACACACACACACACACACACACACACACAUCAACACUGUUUCAUGGCACCUUGUUAAAUAGUCAUGAAAUUUAAUCGACAGGAUUCAUGCUCGUGGAUACAAAGUUCCCACUUCUUUCCUGACACUCAGCACGACGCAAGCAUCUUUCAUACCUGCAACACGUCCACCGUCGCUCAUCCUGCAGUCAAAUUAGCAAUAAUUAACAUGCGACGUCUGGCUCGACUAACGCUUGCUGAGAAACAUUUAGCUGGCUAGAUUUAGGAUUAGAUCACGUUCGGGUUUAAAAUAACUACUUCCUUAAAACAAUGUUUAUUAUUGGUCACACGCGGGAAUCGAACCCCCGUCUCCUGUGUGAAAUUCUGUGUCUCACACUCUCUGAAAACACUCUGAGUGACGCGAAAAAAGUGGAACAUUUGUGUACAUGAAUACUCACAAACACAAACACAAAUGCCCACAAUGUGCAGAGAAAGAAAGAUUCAAAUGUAUUUUUGUACAGCCAAUGAUGAAGUGAAUACAUUGUUAUGGUAAAGAGGUUUUAUGCUACAUAGAAUAAUAUAUGCUAUAAUAUAUGAUAUUUUUAAAUGUAUGUCCCUGUGCCUAAAAACUCGUUGAGAUCAGAAGUAUGACCAUAUCUUCACGUUGCCUGUCUAACUCUGUAGAUUAAAUGUUGAUUUUCUACUGUU